AUGGAGCCCCGGGCACCCGCGGCGGGCGAGCCCGAGCCUGCGGCCGCGUCCUCCUCCUUCCACGCCCGGCUCUGGAAGAACCUGCAGCUGGGGGUGGGCAAGGGCAAGGGCGGCGCGGGUGGGCGCGCGGGGGGCCAGGAGCGCCGCACUGCGGACACCCCGUCGCCGUCCCCGCCGCCCCCGGGGGCCACGCGGGACGCGCUGCCCGGCGUGGGGAGCUCGGGGAGCAAGUGGAGCGGCUUUAAGAAGCGGAAGCAAGUGCUGGACAGGGUCUUCUCGUCUUCCCAGCCCAACCUGUGCUGCUCCUCGCCCGAGCCGCUGGAGCCCCGCGCCGCGGGCCGAGCCGAGCAGGGGUCCGCGCUGCGCCGCCGGAUCCGGGAGCAUCUGCUGCCCGCGGCCAGAGGACCCGCGGCGGCCGCCGGAGCAGCGGCGGGGACGCCUCCUGGCGGGCGCUCCCCGGACUCGGCGCCGUCCUCGUCCUCCGCCUCGUCUUCCCUGUCCUCGUCUCCGCAGCCGCCCCCCAGGGGCGACCGCGCCGGAGAUGAGGGUGCGUGGCGUCGGGGCCCCGGGGCGCACUUGUGCCACCAGAAGAGCUCCUCUCUGCCGGGCACCGCGUGCCUGGAGCAGCUGCUGGAGCCGCCGCCCCCCGCAGAGCCGGCCCGGAGCCCCGCGGAGCCUCCGACCUCCGAGACCCAUGAGGAGCGCGGCAGCAGCCAGAAAAUACAUACUGUUGGAACCAGUAAUGCAGAUGUCCCUUUGGCUGAUCCCGGAAUGUACCAGUUGGACAUUACAUUAAAAAGGGGUCAAAGUUUAGCUGCCCGAGAUCGAGGAGGGACAAGUGAUCCAUACGUGAAGUUUAAAAUUGGAAGAAAAGAAGUUUUUAGAAGUAAAAUAAUACACAAGAACCUCAAUCCUGUGUGGGAGGAAAAAGCUUGCAUUCUUGUUGAUCAUCUUAGGGAACCAUUAUAUAUAAAGGUGUUUGACUAUGAUUUUGGACUACAGGAUGAUUUUAUGGGCUCAGCCUUCCUGGAUCUCACACAGUUGGAGUUAAACAGGCCCACAGAUGUGACCCUAACUCUGAAAGAUCCUCAUUAUCCUGACCACGACCUCGGAAUCAUUUUGCUCUCGGUCGUCCUUACCCCUAAAGAAGGAGAAUCCAGGGAUGUGACAAUGCUAAUGAGGAAGAGUUGGAAAAGAUCAAGUAAGGAUCUUUCAGGAAAUGAAGUGGUUGGAUCUUAUUUCUCUGUGAAGUCUUUCUUUUGGAGGACGUGCAGCAGCCCCACCCUUCGUGUCCUGGGCUUUUGCAGAGCAGAGCUUCAGAGUCCUUAUUGCCAAAAUGCACAAAGCCAAAGUUUGCGUCUGUCGGACCAACACAGAAAAUCCCAUCUGUGGAGAGGAAUAGUCAGCAUCACCUUGAUUGAAGGGCGAGAUCUGAAAGCAAUGGAUUCCAAUGGGUUGAGUGACCCCUACGUGAAGUUCCGGCUCGGGCAUCAGAAGUACAAGAGCAAGAUUAUGCCCAAAACUUUAAAUCCUCAAUGGAGGGAACAAUUUGAUUUUCAUCUCUAUGAAGAAAGAGGAGGAAUCAUUGAUAUCACAGCAUGGGACAAAGAUGCUGGGAAAAGGGAUGAUUUUAUUGGCAGGUGCCAGGUUGACCUGUCGGCCCUCAGUAGGGAACAGACGCACAAGUUGGAGUUGCCGUUGGAAGAGGGUGAGGGAUACCUGGUGCUGCUCGUCACUCUGACCGCCUCGGCCACGGUCAGCAUCUCUGACCUCUCCGCCAACACCCUGGAGGACCAGAAGGAGCGGGAGCAGAUACUAAAGAGAUACAGCCCACUUCGGAUGUUUCACAAUUUAAAAGAUGUGGGAUUUCUCCAGGUGAAAGUCAUCAGAGCAGAAGGUUUGAUGGCUGCUGAUGUCACAGGUAAAAGUGACCCAUUUUGUGUAGUAGAACUGAACAAUGAUAGGCUACUAACUCACACCGUCUACAAAAAUCUCAAUCCGGAGUGGAACAAAGUCUUCACCUUCAACAUUAAAGAUAUCCAUUCAGUUCUUGAAGUGACAGUUUACGAUGAAGAUCGGGAUCGAAGUGCUGACUUUCUGGGCAAAGUUGCUAUCCCAUUGCUAUCUAUUCAAAAUGGUGAACAGAAAGCCUACGUCUUGAAAAACAAGCAGCUGACAGGGCCAACAAAGGGGGUCAUCUAUCUUGAAAUAGAUGUGAUUUUUAAUGCUGUGAAAGCCAGCUUACGAACGUUAAUACCCAAAGAGCUGAAGUACAUUGAAGAGGAAAACAGACUCUCUAAACAGCUGCUGCUGAGAAAUUUUAUCAGAAUGAAACGUUGUGUCAUGGUGCUUGUAAAUGCUGCAUACUACGUUAAUAGUUGCUUUGAUUGGGAUUCACCCCCAAGGAGUCUCGCUGCUUUUAUGCUCUUUCUCUUUGUAGUGUGGAACUUUGAGCUCUACAUGAUACCCCUGGUUCUGUUGUUACUACUGACAUGGAACUACUUCUUGAUAAUAUCAGGGAAAGAUAACAGGCAACGUGAUACAGUAGUGGAGGACAUGCUAGAGGACGAGGAAGAAGAAGAUGACAAAGAUGACAAGGACAGUGAAAAAAAGGGAUUUAUCAAUAAAAUCUAUGCCAUCCAAGAGGUAUGUGUCAGUGUCCAGAACAUCCUAGAUGAAGUGGCUUCCUUUGGCGAAAGGAUAAAGAAUACUUUCAACUGGACUGUCCCAUUUUUAAGCUGGCUGGCCAUUGUGGCCCUCUGUGUGUUCACAGUCAUCCUAUACUUCAUUCCACUGAGAUACAUUGUCCUUGUCUGGGGCAUCAAUAAAUUUACCAAAAAGCUUCGAAGUCCAUAUGCAAUUGAUAACAACGAGCUACUCGACUUCCUUUCCAGAGUCCCUUCAGAUGUACAAGUGGUGCAAUACCAAGAACUGAAACCAGACCCUUCUCACAGCCCAUAUAAAAGGAAGAAAAACACUCUUGGCUAGCCAGCUCCCAGCACUGAGGAGACCAGCAUCUGUCUGGGAAGAUAAAAGAAAAAGCCUUCAGCCUCAGCAGCAUUUCCUUUCUUUCUGCUUUUUAUUUAUUUUGCCUUUUUAUCAUGAUCGGGAGAAUUUGUAAAUAGUGUACAAAGGCAUAUGUCUUUGCAAAUAUACUUCUGUUGUACAGACUCAACUUGAUAAAGGUUUAGCUACUGCCGUGUAAAAACCUUGUUAGCUGUGGAGACUCAUAUAACACUGAAAGAACAAAUGUUAAGGGUGGUAGCACUGGAGGAUACACACUUCUUUAAUUACAAGUAGAAGCACCAGAAUAUUAGGUUAAAUGCUCAGAUGUGCUGAUUAAAUCUACAUAAAAUGUAAAUGUCAAUUUGAUUUUAAAGUUUUUUUUAAAAUGUGACUAUUUUUUACCUGAAAAGUAGUAAUCCAUUACAGUUUUCUAUGUUUUAUACAUUUCAAAAAGGGAAAAAACCCAAGGCCUGCAUAAUGGAAAGGAUGCAUUUCAAUUUCACAUAGAUCCUGAAACUCACUCCCGUGCAAAUUAAUUAGGUAUGAGUAGGCUAGCUUUAAGCAAAUGAGUACAGGUACAGUCAUUCCUUCAAGAGAAUCUGAGAUACUGUACAGAAAGCUUACAAACCUUCUAUCAUUCCAUCCAAAACCUUAAAAUCUCUGCAGGACUACAUAACGUAAAUACUGCCAGGUUUAUAAAUGAUUGCCUAUCUGAAUUUUUAUAUCUACCACUACUUUAAUUUAUACUGAAUUAGCAAAUUAGCAACCCAAUUCAGCUAUUAAAAAUACUAGUAAAAGAAACACACAUUACUUCUGAUGUCAAAUUAUACCUUUGUGCAUCUAAAAAUAUUUCAUACUCAAGUAUUCUCGCAGCAAAACAAACCCUGUUUUCUCAUUAGGUCACUAAAUGAAGUGCUUUAAUAUAUAUCAUGAUUUCUCUUAGUAUGAAUUUUAUGUAGAGGAGAAUGCGGUGUGCUAAGUGAUAUGCCAGUGUUUCAUUACAUUCAUUUAUGAAAAAAAUUCUUGAUAAUAUGAAUGCAUGAAAACCUGUUUUGUAAAAUAAACUGUGUAUGGGGUUGCCUUUAACAAUGUUUCACUAAUUACCAUAGAAUCUGUACUUAAAAACUGCAUUCCCAAGACUCUUACAGCAGUUUUCGUACCUAAGUCUCUGGCAUAUCGAGGGAACAUACUUCUGAUUUGGUGAGUGAGACUAUCUUAACUCUCUGACUUGGUAGGGGAUUACACAAGGGGGAAACUGCUGCACACAAUGGUUUUUGCACUACUUUAUUAAUAAUAGACUGAGAGGGGUAAGGGUGGGGAUUAUGCUGAAAAACAUACAGAAGCGGAAAGCAAGAGAUAUAUAUUUCACUCUAAAGAAAGAUUCUUUAAAUUUAAUCUCAUCAAAGCUGAUUUUUAAAGUAUUUUUAUUUUAGAGACAUGUUGUUAAAUACUAUUUCUUAUACUAGAACUAUUUUGAUCCGUUUAUAUACUAUGCUUGAAAGAAUGUCAAUUAAAUUCCCUUUCUACAGAAAGGCUUUGACCUCAAUAUACCCUAUUUAGUGCACCAUGUUUAAGAUGACAGGCUUACAUCUGCAUACCAUCACUGUUUGUUGCUUAAACAUACUACUUCAUGAAGUUGAUGUUACUAGAGUUUACUGAUGAGAUAAUUUGUUUGAAAUAACUUUCAAUUAUGCCUUGUGUGAGAUUUAUGUUCUGUGCUGACAACAUCUACUCAGAUGUCUAUAAAAGCCUGGUAUGCUACAACCUCAGAUGUAUCUAGUGGAUCGUAACCAUUAACAGAUGACUGCUUUCUGUUUGCUCCAUUGUACUGUUUCAGAUGUUUCAUUCAGUGGUAAUGUUGGCUACACAUUCACAUUAAAUACAGAAGAAAAUAAUCUUUUCUACGUA